ACAUCACUGCCGUCCUCAGUCUGACAGCAGCACCAGGACUCUGCGUAACCCUCCGGGACCCUCCAGGACUCCCACAGGAAUAUGGACCCCAAGCGCCUCUCCUCAAGCUCUCAGCAACAGGUUCGACUCAGGCAAAAGAGGACAAAGAGAGAAUGGAGACCGCUGGAGGACCGGAGCUGCACAGACCUGCCCUGGUUUCUGCUCUUCACCGUCUUCUGCGUCGGCAUGGGCAGCAUCUGCGGGUUCACCAUCGUCACCGGCGGCGCCGCUCGCCUCGUCUUCGGAUAUGACAGCUAUGGCAACACUUGCGGCCAACGAAAUGAACAGAUUGAAGGCGUCAGGCUGAGUGGCCUCGACCACACUGACAGGAAGUUUGUCUUCUUCCUGGAUCCCUGUAACAUCGACAUUGUUCAAAGGAAAAUCAAGUCGAUGGCUCUUUGUGUGUCUCUGUGUCCCACAGAGGAGCUGAAGACCUACCAGGACCUGAAGAGGUUCGCUAUGGUCAAUGGUUCUGAGCUGUGCUCCUAUGAGUUAGCAGCUCAUAGAUAUCCUGUUCUCGAACAGAGGACCACUAAAUGCCCCAAACUACCUGUUCCACCAAGUAAACCGCUGCCCGUGUUUAAUCGCUGCACUCCGGUGGACAUCUCCUGCUACGCAAGGUUUGCUGAGGCUGUGGUAACGUUUGUCGGGGAUAACAGUGUUCUGCAUCGACUGAUCGCUGGCGUCGCUGCCAGUAAAGAGAUCAUCAUUGGACUUUGUGUCCUCGCACUGUUCCUCUCCAUGAUCCUCAUGGUGAUCAUUCGUUACAUCUCUGCUGUCCUCGUCUGGAUCCUCACCUCGCUGGUUGUCCUUGGAUCCCUUGCGGGGACUAGUGUGCUCUGGUGGCUCUACAUUGACUACCGGCUAUACGGGAACGACACUUCCUCUAAAGUACUGAAGGAAGCGAAGGAGGAGGUGGAGGUCACCAGAGAUAGCGGACAGGCACUGCUUGUCUAUGCCGUUGCUGCCACUGUAUUCACUAUCAUCCUCCUGCUGCUGAUGCUCUUCAUGAGGAAACGAGUAGCUCUGACCAUCGCUCUGUUCCACGUGGCAGGAAAAGUCUUCAUCCACCUCCCCCUCCUCACCCUGCAGCCCUUUGUCACCUUCUUUGCCCUCCUGCUCUUUUGGAUCUACUGGAUCCUGGUCCUUCUCUUCUUGGGAACCACCGGUAACCCUGUACAGAAUGAGGAGACGGGGCUGACGGAGUUCAGACUGACCGGUCCUCUUCAGUACUUGACCUGGUACCAUGCUGUGGGGCUGGUCUGGAUCAGUGAGUUCAUUCUGGCCUGUCAGCAGAUGACUGUGGCCGGUGCUGUGGUCACGUACUAUUUCACAAGGGACAAGAACCGACUCCCAGUGACUCCAAUCCUGUCCUCAGUCCUGAGGCUGGUCCGGUACCACCUGGGCACAGUUGCUAAAGGAUCCUUCAUCAUCACACUGGUCAAGAUCCCACGACUCAUCCUCAUGUACAUCCAUAAUCAGCUCAAAGGAAAGGAGAAUGCGUGCGCUCGCUGUAUGCUGAAAACUUGUAUCUGUUGUCUGUGGUGUUUGGAGAAGUGCCUCAACUAUCUCAAUCAGAAUGCAUAUGCAGCCACAGCCAUCAACAGCACCAGUUUCUGCACGUCUGCACGUGACGCCUUCGUGAUCCUGGUAGAAAACGCGCUGCGAGUCGCCACAAUCAACGCCAUUGGAGACUUUGUGCUCUUCCUGGGGAAGAUCCUGAUUGUGACAACGACGGCGUUCGCUGGAGUCCUCCUCCUGAACUACCAGCGGGAUUACGCAGAGUGGCUGCUGCCGCUCAUCAUCGUGUGUCUUUUCUCCUUCCUGGUGGCCCACUGCUUCCUGUCCAUCUUUGAGAUCGUGGUGGACGUCCUCUUCCUCUGCUUCGCCAUUGAUACGAAGUACAAUGACGGCACUCCAGGGAAGGAGUUCUUCAUGGACAAAGCUCUGAUGGAGUUUGUGGAGAGCAGCCGGCGGUUGGAGCGUGCCGUGGAACGUGGGCGGAGUCGGGUGAAGGAAGUGGCAUCAGAAGGGGCGGAGAUCAAGCCCAUGAUGUUUGUUCCUGGUAGAGUGAGACGAAUUAAAAACCAGAAACCAGGUGGUUGUCACGUCCUGUAUGUUUGUCCAUCAGCGACCCCCAACAAUCAACCAAAGAAAAACUGCAAAGAAACAAAAAACAACCAAAUCUAGAAGCGCAGCAACAACAGAGAGAUGCAAAGGACCACUCCAGCUCUUGUAGGUUUGUGCAGAUUGUGUUUCAGUUUGUGAAAAAUCCCCAGUAUUCUCUCACGGUAGUAACAGCACUGGAAAAAUAGCUGUGGUGGAUACACUUUACCCUGAGUCGCUUCUAAAAGUUUUGCAAAGCAGUUUAAGGAUAGCUUUUCCACUCUGGAGCCAAACAGCUAAAAUGGUUAUUUCAACUGUUAUAACACCAGUUCAUAACAGUCACCGUAAUACUGUAACGUCAAAAGCCUACAACAGGAAGAGACCCCAACAGAACCAGGCUCAGAGAAGGAUGGACUGUCUCGAUCAGUUGGAGGUUAUUUGGCAGCUUCUAGGCUAAUAUUUUACAAAUAUAACACUAAAGUCCUUCAGUUAGUCUUACAGUGAAGCCAAUUUCGCCUAAAAACUAUCAUUGUUUUGCUAAUGGUUGCUCAGUUUAGGAUUUAUGACAGGAGGUCGUCCUUUGGUGGCAAUAACUACAUAGAUCUUACAAGUGUUUGUAGACAAAGUGGUGGUUAAAGGUGAUGCCACCUGGAAACUACUGCUUGUAUGAAGCCAGAUAUCAGAAUGUAAGAUAUAGUAAAGGGGCUUGUGGUGCUGUAGUACUCGAGGAAAGGGAUUUUACCUCAACAUUUACCCCUUUUAGCUCUAAGUCCAUAGAGCCCCAUUUAUUCUAAGCAUCCCAAUGAGCGUCCCCAUGAAACAGGAUGUCCAGAGAUUGGAACUCUCAUGGAAAUAAGGGACCGACUGAAGACUUGUUACACCCCUAAAAAUGAUGAUGGUGAUGAUAAUAAUAUUGAUAAUAAUAACAAUAUUAAAAACUGUUAAGUGAAUAACUUAGUAAAAAAAAACUAGGAAAUAAGCAAACCCUGCUCCAGCUAUGUGGACCUGACUCACCUUCAUCUCCCAUUAUGCUCUGCUCUCUCCUCCAUACCCUGUGUGACUGCCUGUAAUGUGUAAUGACUUGUGUUAACCAUAUGACCGUUUUCCUGUUUCAGGCUCCGGGGACGAGUUCAGCUUGACCAAAAUCAGCCAAUGGGACUUGUUAAAAAGAGACAUUCCAAAUGUUUAUUUUUACCAACGUGUAACAUGUUUACUAUGGUUUCACUCCAGGGAAAACAAUAUUUUAAUAAGAAACUGUAAAAAAGUAACAAUGUAAUGAAGCACUUUAUAUUGAAGCGCUGCAGAUUUUAAACCGGCUGAUGCAUUUUUUCGUAGUGAUGUCCUUUUUUAUAAAACUCACCCCAACUCAUCGCUCACUCUUCAGUUCCUAACAGUUUUCAGCCACUUUUUCGUUUUUUGUCUUAACGUUUGUUCUGGAGACGACCCGCGCAUCGCCGACAACAGCUCGUCAACCAAGUCAUCAAAGGGGCGGGGCCUGUGGACAGGCGGAACAGCAGCCAUAAAACUCCAUUUAUUUGGUGGAUGAGAUCUGUCCAGGUCAUACUGAGGCUGUCAAACUCUAUGUGGGAUGGAUCACCACGAGUGUGCGUUUUUUGUUUUUUCUACCGUAGUUACUGCUACAACCUGCAAGGUGUGGGUCAUGAGACCAGUCAUGUGACUCCUUAAUGCAGCACCUUCAGUUUGCUGAAGCCUGAAGUUCUCCUGCAGCUAGGAAGGACAACAGAGCUUGUGGAGAAGACGGGGUUAGUGGCUCUUUUUUAAAAUCCACCAGACUUGUUUGACAAAAACAGGGAUUUUUUUUAACACUGAAAAUGAGUGUUAUUGACCUAUUUGUGUGACUUUUGCUUUUUAAUGCAUUAGUUUAGGUCCGAAUUAAUGCAUUAUAACACCAAAGUAGCACAAUAUUACAAACUAUUCAAUUGUGGCAACAGUAGAUGAGUAACUCCUGUGUUCUUUGAGGUAAAAUUACUGUUUUUAUGAAUGGGGUCUGGUGGAGUGUAACAGCUUCAGUUCCUUGUUUAAGAAAAGCUGUUUAAUAUGGGUAAAGUGGAGAAAAUCUUGUGUACAUAGCAGCUCAUGGUUCUUGUUUGUGCAUCUGCUUGUGGGCGUGGCCUUCUGCCACCCACUGCAGAUAACAUAUUGACUGUGAACAAUGGAAAAUAAUUUUAAAAGGUUUCCUGACUGAUAAAUCAAUACAUUUGAAAUCACGCUCUUUUUAAAAAAUAUCAAUCAGUCAUUUCAAACACCAAGAUAUGUAUUGUGCAUUGCCUAAACAUAUCAGGACAGAAUCUUUGAUGCAUAUCAGACCUAUAAAUAGCCUAUAGAAAACUGUCUCCAUCAGUCACAUGACUCUCACCUCGUAGGCUGUAACGAUCAGCCGAGUCCCCUUGUGGUCGGGGCUCAAAACGGUUUACUGGAGUCAGAGACGGAUGCUCCAACAAACAAUCACCCGGAUCCCACUUCCUGUCCAGAGCCGAAACCGCCGUCUCUGAAACCGCCACAAAUCAAAUUGUUGUUUCCAUCGAGAAGACGGUGGGAGAUGUGACGGCUGAGUUCAGUCAGCAAUAAAAAAAAACUGCAUCAUGUGACCACAUCAACACCGACAACAAGUCUUCCUGCUUCCUUUUGUUCAACAUGUUCCAGGUUCAAUGAUUAAUUUCGCCUCAGGCAGGAAGUCCGACCAAUGGCUCGACUGUCAGAGGUUUAAUCUCCUUUUAUUGUUCAACAAGGCAACUCAUUGGGCAACCUGAGAAAGAAAGGUUGCCCAAAAUGUGAGUUUGAGUUAUCAGAAUGUCUUGAGUCAAGUGCUGAAGAAAGUGGAACUUUUGAUUUGAGAGCAACGGUGCUGCCAAGGCAACUACUCUCCUGGUUGGCCAACAUGUUGCCUUGUUGCACUGCAGGUUAAGCUGUGUGUGAGGCUGAAUCCAAGCGUCCUUCCUUCAGACUGAAAUACAGACUUAACCCAGAUAGCAAACAUGUCUGGCCUUAUCUGGGCACUUUUGGGGACCUACAGCUCAGUUAUGUUGUGUAGACUGAACACUCCUAUGUCAUCCCAAAUCCUAAAUCAUUAUGAUGAUCUGCACAUGAGUACCUCCCAUUGGAAACCAGGUUCAAAAUGGAGGGAAAUUAAUGAAGGUUUAGAACCUAAUUAGUGCUGCAAAUAAAAUCCUAAAAUUUCCCUCACCAAAACUGAAGCUCAGAACAUUUGGACAGUCGGUUAGUACAGAAACCUCACAGCAGCCAUAUUAUUGGUCAGAUAAUUGCAUUAAAAAUGCUCCAACAAACACAGUGCAGAGGUCCAGUUCUAACUCCAGUUACUUGAGGUGAAGCCUAGCAGACAGCUAGCAGCUACAGUCACCUGUAUCACUAUCCAGCUAUCAGUCAAAUAGACCACACCCCUAAUUAUGCAAACUUCAAGCCUUAAUAUAAUUUAAAGAGGUGAGUUAUAAAAACAUUCUUGACCUGUAGACGUGUUAUGAAGGUGUAAAUUAUCUAUAGAGACAAAAAACGUUUUUAUAUAAACUGUAAACAUGUUUAUUUCUGCUGUAAAGUUUUAACAUGGGGGUUUAUGGGGACUGACUCGCUGCUGGAGCCUCUGGUGGAUGUUAGAGGAACUGCAGCUUGUGGGCACUUUGCCAUUUGCAUCAGUGGAAACAGAGCAACUUUCAUCCACAUUAUUCAAAAAAUGUUACCUUUACAAGCUGUUUACAGUAGACUGAAGCUGAAGGUGUUUCCAUGGAGACAUCCUAAGGAUGAAGUCUGGAGUUUGGACGUUCUCUGGGUUCAGUCAGUUUAAAGUUUGUUGUGUUCAAACAUCGACCUGCUGACAUGUUUCUGGUCUGAGUCUGCUGCUGUGACGAUGAACAUCUGUGUGCAGUUUAACACUUUUUGUUCCUGAGAUGUUAAUGGGCGCAGCUGAUUGGCUCCGACCGGCAGUGUUUAGGCUGCGACUGUUCCCAUCAUGCACCUCGUCUCUGCCAAACACCUCCUUCACUUUGACAGAUAAACCGCUCAGAGAGGCCAAACUGAGGAGCGUCUCCUCCAAACAAAAACAAAACAAUCCGACAGAUUCACAAGCUGUUGUGGGAAAUCUCUCCGUGUGCAGAAAACUGGACCUCAGUCUGACAUUCAGCUUUCAAUUAUUAAGAGCAUGUGUGUGAAAAAGCAGCGAGGCCGUGGUCGCCGCACUCGAUGCUCCGAGCAUGUUAACUAAUUGCACUAAAGAUGGAGUUCAUUCAUCACUGACGUCCGUUUGAAGUAGCUGUAAAGUAUUUUAGAUGAACAGUGUUCGUAGCUCAGAUAUUACCACACACACUUACACUCUCUCACACACACACACAUUUAUUCAUGUUUAAACGUCCCAAAAAGAAAAAACUAAGAGCAAUCAAACUAAAUAUUUAACUCCUGCUAUUCAGAUACACUUAGAUUAGUUUGGACCAUGUGACUGCUGUCGCCGGGCAGAUUAACCUGACUGCAGAUUAACCUGGAACUGAGAAGUUUCAUUCCAACAUCAGGAAAGUCUGAUCAUUUCAAGUAUUCAGUUAGAAUUUGUACAGAUACUUGUAUGCAGGACUCAAAUCCAUCAGUGUGAUUGGAAUAAUGACAAAAACGAGAUGGAAAACAAACGUGGUGAUAUAAAAACAGUAAAAUCCUCAUCAGGCUUCAAGUGGUGUGUGUCCUAAAACACAAACAGACUUCACUUUGGGGUAUUUUUGUCCAGACGUCUCUACAGAAUUGUUUUAAUUGAGAAACUUUAGAGGGUUUUCCGGCGUGACCGGCCUGUUUAAGGACUUUAUGUGAAAAUCAUGAACUAACAAAGCAAAUUUGUUAUUUAUUUAACUCUAUUUCUUCUUGGAAUGAAACAUUUCAGCUCCUCUUCCUUGUCUGCUGAUUAAUUAUACGUUUCAUUUACCAAUUUCAAUCCAUCCAGUCGGCACGCAGAGGUCAAGCUGCUGCUGAAGGUGUAGGGUCAGCAGGUGAGCUGUGGGUUAGUGACACUCCAAUCAGAAUCUUUGUAUCGACUGACUUUUGCAGCGUUGUCAUAAUCAGAUUGUGAUUCUUUUUAUUUUUCAGUGGAUUUUAUUGUAUUUUUUAUUUAAACAGGGUGCAUCUAACUUUAAGGUCAAAUCUGUCAAAUUUGCAUAAAGAAAACAGCUUUUUUAAAAAGAAGCAUCAGUUUGAAGUCACACAGGUAAAAAAACAAAACAAAACACAAAUUUAAGGCUGAUUUAAGUCAAAUUCUGUCUCAUCUCAGAAGGUAAAGAAUGUUUCCAAAACCUGAACUGAACCCCAGAUCUGUCACAAACGUGACCUCCGCCGGUGUUUGUGAUGUUUGUGCUGCUCGUAGCUCAGUGACAUUUAGGUUACAGCCUAUGUGAAAACAUUUCACCUCUUCUUUAAAAAGAAGUAUAAAACCUUCAUCGUUACUGCAGGGUUAUCAGGUUGCAUCUCGUCUUUCUACUUUAAGAAGUUUAGAAUGGGUUAGCUUUCAGUCUUGACAAAUUUGACCAAACUCACAAAAACUAUCCAAAUACAAAGUAAAUUUCAUGUAUGUUUUUUUUUUUUUUUUACUUCACAACAUUGUUUCAGUUCAUCACCAUUAUUUUUUCCCAAAGUUUUGCUUUAUGUAUUUCAGUUAACUAAAGUGUUUUUUCAGUCUUUAGUAAUUAUAAUAAGUGGUCUGAACAGGAGGUGUGUGGGGCUACUGUGCUCUACGUCAUACAGCUUCAAAAGAGGAAAACAACUCUUUAAAUCUAAGCCUUUAGAGCGGCAACCUGAGCUUUUGGCUCGCAGGGAUUACUUGAGAAAACAUUCUUUAUUUGAAACCUGUUCAGUAUGACAGGAAAUAACUAAAAGCAGAAGAGCAGGUGUAUUCAGGACGACUUCCUCUUGUUUGAGCUGGUUCUUUGAGUUUGUGUGAGCAAACUCAAGGUGGUCAGUAGUAUUUCACAGAACCUGAAGAGGACGGUUAACCCUGACCUGCCCCCGUUUCUGCAUGCCGCUCUUCAGGUGUGAUAUCAUAUCUUUGGUAUUUGGAAAUCUCGGCAGUCACAGCUAAAAAUGGUCUUAUCUAUUCUCCUGUGAAGUUUAUAGGUUCAUUUGAGCCUUGAAGUUGUUUCUUGCUUUUUACCCCUCAGCCAUAAAAGGUUGACCUUUUAGUGACCUCAACUUCAAUGUGAAGGUCAGAGGUCAAGUUUUCUGAAAAUGUUGUCGUAGGUGCAUCUGCUAGGAGGCUGGGGGUAGCACUUAAAACUUAACAACAUUUUAAUAACAUGUUUGCAUAUUCUCUCUCGAUUAUUAACAUCUCAACCCAGACUACUCUGAUAUUUUCUUAAGAACAUCAGUGGUCAGUUUGAUAUAAUGUCCCAAAAUGUCCAUUUGUAUUUUUUAUCGAUUUUUAUUACCCAUAACGGUAAAAAAAUUCCCCAAAUCUAGCUCUUUAAAGUUUAAAGACUUGCAACUUGAGCCAACCUUUAAGUCUGUGCACAGCUCUUUGAGUAAUCCUGUUAACAGACCAACCAAACCAGGUACAGGUUAUUUAUUUAACCUGUAACUGAGCCUUGGCAGUGAUCUUUCUUUAACAUUGGAGUGUCUCUAACUCGUCCUCUACGUGCCACCCUUCUCACUUCGGUUGUAGGUUUUAAAUAAGGCAAUCUGAGACUGUUUGCCUGCUUCCUCGGGCCCGGAUUGGAGCAGAUGAAGGGCCGGUGUUGUAGUAAAGUUGCAUGUCCAUGUGUUCCAGCUCCGUAUUGCAGCGCGUCGUCUUCGUACGGUGUGAAUAAUCUGCUGUUAGAUCCACAGCACUAAAAACUCUGACGUCUUUGUUUCCUUCGGAUGUGACUCUUCGUCUUCAUGAGGGACGGCUUCAUAGCAACAAGAACAAGUUAAGACUUUAGGCAACACGAGUUUAACUGUCAGGUGUAACACUAGUGUUUGUUUUCUCUGCAGUACGAAGUGGUUUGUAACAUUGAAGAACUUUUUCUUUGGCUCUGGGUUGUUUUUUUAUAUUUAUCAUUUCUUAUGUAUAUUUGUUUUUUAAGAAAAAUAAUAAAAAGGAAAAUUUGAA